GUCUAGAGCGUGAUGGGCAGGGCUAUGAAUGAAGCUGAACUAUCCUUGAUUCAGAGGGGGAGGUCUAUUUUGGGGCGAACGUGGCUGUGAGGAAGGUUUCUUCUCUAAGUUCAAGGUUAAAAUAAACCGAGAGGAUGAUCACUGUCAUUGAAGAUCAGGAAGCCUUUGACAGAGCUCUGGCAGAGGCAGGCGAUAAGCUUGUAGUGGUUGACUUCACAGCCACAUGGUGUGGGCCUUGUCAGAGCAUUGCUCCAUUCUUCAAAGGUCUGUCUGAAAAUCCUGCCAAUGCUAAUGUGGUUUUCCUUAAAGUAGACGUGGACGAUGCACAGGAUGUGGCCCAGUCUUGUGAAAUCAAAUGUAUGCCGACAUUCCACUUUUACAAGAAUGGGAAAAAGGUGGAUGAUUUCUCUGGGUCCAACCAGGCUAAACUGGAAGAGAUGGUGAAUGCCCACAAAUAACUCAGGACUGAGACACCCUCAUUAUUGUUUCCUGUGCAGCCCAAGUUUACUAACAAUAAUUUCAUCUUAUUUUGUUACUCAUGAAUUUGGUUCAUUUUCUAAUCAUUUUACUGCAAUUUUAGCUGGUAAAAUCUGCCUUACUUCGUCAUCAGAUAUAUCACAAUUACGAAUUACCUCUGUCUGUAUGUUUCUGUGUGUCCAAUUUUUUGGGAAUCAAGAUCAAUAAAUGAACAUAAUUCCAAAAAUA